AGGGGCGGGAGCAGCGCGUCCCGCUCGGGCGGAGCAGAGUCUUGGGCUUGUGCAUCUCUUCGGGAGCAGCUCGAGAAGGAUGCUGGUCCGCAGGGGCGCGCGCGUGGGGCGCGGGAUGCCGCGGGGCUGGACCGCGCUCUGCUUGCUGAGUUUGCUGCCCUCUGGAUUCACAGAGGAAAACUCGACUGCUGUUGCCACAAGGUCACCUGCUAUUUCAGUUGUUCAUACGAAUGCAUCCACCCAGGAAACCAUAACAACAAGUACUCUUGGAAGUACAAGUGUCCACCCUUCCUCUCAGGACAGCAGUGGGACCACAGCAGCCAUCUCAGAGUCAACAGUCAACUUCACAUCUACCUCUGCGAUCACUUCAGUCCCUGAAACCAUGACCUCUUCGAUCCAGUCACAGAGCUCUUUAACCAUCACAGUGUCUUCCACUCCAUUCACCUUUUCAACUUCAGUGAUGACAUCGAAGACCAGCAUGUCACCUGGAAAUGUUUCAGAUCCCCUAGACAAUAGCACCAGCCCCGUGUCAUACUCCACUAAACCCUCUACAUCAUUUUCUCCUACCCAAACUAAAAUCAAGGGAGAAAUCAAAUGUUUAACCGUCACAGACGUGAAAUUGACUCAAGGUAUCUGCCUGCUGCGGAAUGAGACCUCCAGCUGUGAGGACUUUAAAAAGGACCAUGACGAGGCACUGAUUCGAAUCCUCUGUGAGAAAGAACAGGCUGAGAAUGGGACUAGGGUGUGCUCCUUGCUCCUUGCCCAGUCUGAGGUUACGCCUCGCUGCCUGCUGCUGUUCUUGGCCAACAAAACAGAAAUUCCCAGCAAGCUCCAGCUUUUGGAAAAGCACAAGUCUGACCUGAGCAGGAUGGGGAUCCAGAACUUCACUGAACAACAUAUUGGGAGCCACCAGCACUAUUCCCGCAAGACCCUGAUUGCACUGGUCACCUCGGGGAUCCUGCUGGCUGUCUUGGGCCUCAUUUGCUAUUUCCUGAUGAAUCGCCGUAGUUGGAGCCCCACAGGAGAAAGGCUGGGGGAAGAGCCUUGUUACACGGAGAACGGUGGAGGCCAGGGCUAUAGCUCAGGCCCUGGGGCCUCCUCUGAGGCUCAGGGAAAGGCCAAUGUGAACCGAGGGGCUCAGGAGAACGGGACCGGCCAGGCCACAUCCAGAAACGGCCAUUCAGCGAGACAACCCGUGGUGGCUGAUACAGAAUUGUGACUCGGCUGGGUGGGGCAAGGCUGGGCAAUGUCCAGGGAAGCAGCCCCUCCUUGCAUCUGACCACGUGCUGCCUCCAUCCCGGAGGUGCCAUCUCUUACCUUCUACCCUUUCCCACUGCACACACCCUCCGAGGCCAUUCCUGGGGCCCUGCACUGCACCAGGCUGAGGGGUUCUCUUCACCUUGGGAAGAGGCAGAUCACCCCUGCCCUUUACACACUCAGCUUCCUGAACCCAGACUCCGGGUCUUCUUUGAGUAGAGGAGUGAUAGGGAAAAGGCAAGAUGCAGAGAAGCUCCCGGUGGGGGUGGGGGGGGGGGGGUUUGAUGAUCUUGCAGCAUUCGCACAUGGGCCCCUUCCUCUCCCUCCUCCUCUGCCUCUCUGCAGGAACUCCCAGGGGAAAGCAUGGGCUUUUCUGGGCUACAAUUUCCUCCCAGGAGGCUUUGCCUUUUUACUGCCUCUUCCUUGUAUUUUCUUUUUCUACUCAAGGGAAGCCAAAGCAACCUUUUAUACAUGCUCCCUUGUAAUGAUAUAGCCAGAAGAACUUGUUGUCUUAAACGUCCUCCCUUACCCCUCCUCCAAGUCACUGUGGAUUCCGUUUCCAGCUUCCCUCCUGCCCUCUGAGUUCCUGGAACGCCUCAUAUCAUCGUCUCCAGUCCCCGCCCCCACUCCCCCAUCUGUGUACAGAGGCCUGCACAGUUUUCUGGCUGUUUCUGGAACUGGGCUCCAAGUUUCAGAACAAUGUCCUGUGUCUGUGUGUGCGGGAGACAGGGUGGGGAUGCGUGGACACACCUGUCCCCACAUGUGGGGGCCGACGGGUGAGAGCAAACAGCUCAGUCAGUCCUGGUCUCUCUGGGGCUGCAUAAGUCCUCUGCUUGGGCUCUUGUUUCUCCAUGUGGGUCAGAGUGGACAGGACUGUGGGACCAGAUCUUUGAGCUAAGCCUCUUGACCUGUCUGCUUCUGAGGAAUCCCCUUGCUCUCACGUUAAGACCUGGCCAGACUGGGCCUUAUCCUCAGCUCUCAAUGGCUUCCACCUCCCUCCCCUGACUCCUGGGUUGAGCUGUGGCCUCAGUCCCCCAGCAGACUGCUUUCUGUCUCAUCCUCCCCCCCCCUGCCCCCCUUCACUGCUCUGUACCCCCAUCUGGUCAGGACUCUCCAGAGGACCCUCACCACAAGCCACCUCCUCUGUGAGUGACCUAGGUCCUUGUUUUUAUUUUUGUUUUUUUUUCAGAGGGGUGAGCAAGGAUCCUGAUUUCAAUGACGGUUGGAAAGAGAGCUUUCCAGAGAUAGGAAGAUUGGGUGGAUUUUUUUCUUAAUAAAAAAUGGUGUGUGUAAAUACUGUAAUUAAAGUGAUACCAAAACACA